AUGGAUGUACUUAAACGAAAACUAGUUUUCAAUGAAAUAUUAAAUGAAUCAAGAAAGAUAUUUCAGAAUCAAUCAAUAACUUCUAUUGAAAAUUUAUCAAAUGAAAUCUUUUAUGAAAUAUUUGAUUAUUUUGAUGGUGGUGAAAUGGUUAAAAUAUUUUCUAAACUUAAUUCUCGUUUUGAACAACUUCUUCAGUCUUCAUUUGUUUUAAUUAAAACACAUUUCUUUUUGUUUUAUCAUGAAGCAAUAAUGAAUAAAGAUCAUGAAUUAGAAAUAUUUUCAAAUAAAUUAUGCUCUAAUUUAAAAAUUUUAUCUAUUUAUUGUUCACAAAAUAUCAUUUUUCUUGAAGCUCAUCGAUGGGAACAAUUGAUUUUACAUUAUUAUCCUCAAUUAGAAAAAUUUUAUUUAACCUACCAUGAUGGUAUUAAUAAUAAUAAUCAAUAUCCAAUAUAUACUGGACCAGUAAAUCAAUUUUCUUCAUCAUUUUGGAUUCAACGAAAAUGGAUGUUUCAUGUUAAAAUUGAUAAUACAUAUAUCAAAUAUUCGAUUUAUCCAUACAAAAAAACAUGGUAUAAUUAUAUAGAUGAUAACAAAAUUGAAUAUUCAACAUCAACAAGUUUAAUAUUCACUAAUUUUCUUACCUGGUCAUAUGAUGAAAUGAUAUUUGAACAAAUAAAACGUGUAUUAACUAUAACACAAAUUUAUCAUUUAAUUAUUAUUGAAAAGCAUUCAUCGGUUCAUGUAUUAAUUCAAUUAAUUAGUUUAUUACCUGAUUUAAUUACGUUCAAAAUUCGUUCAUUAUCAUCAGAUGACAGAACACGAUUUACUGUCAGAGAACUUUGUAGACUUGGUUCAAUAAAAUGUCAAAGUAAAACUACUAAAGUUUGUAUUGAAGAAAUCAAUGAUAUUGACGAUUUUAAUUUUAUUUCGGUCGUUUGUCCUUAUAUGAAAUAUUGUGAAAUGAAACGUUUAAAUAAUAUGAAUAUUGAAUUGUUUUUACGUAUAAUUCUGAAGGAGAUUAAUAAUCGUAGUUUUUGUUUUAUUCGUUUAUUAUGUUUUCAUGAACCAACAGUCGAUGAUCAAAUGAUUGAAAAUUUAGAAAAAAUGAUUAAUUAUGAACAAUUACUUCUUCAAUUUACAAUUAAACGUAUAUCUGAUAAUAUUUAUUUACAAUGGAAAUAA